AUAACAUGACGCGGAGCGUUGAACGAUCAUGGUUGCAUAAUUAGGUAAAGCGACGUCGGUCGACAUGUCGGAAUGCGUAGUAACGCCGGUCGUGCAAAGACGUUGACGCUUCGUGACGACCGAUGGUCUACAUAGUCUACUUUCGCGUCGCGUCCGGCGCCUCGUAAUUCUCGUAAACGCGGCGUGACGCGUCGUCGGGGUCGAGACGAGGCGAGGGGCGAGGCCAGGCGAGACGCGGCAAGGGGUGAGGCGUAAGGAGGGAAGCGGAGAGAGAGAGAGAGGUUAGGCGGCGCGGUGCGUCGCGUCGCAACGGUGGGAACGUUCGGAUGUGUGCGAGCCCCGCGACCGUAGCCGUGUACAGAUGGUCGGCUACGUGUACGCGCUUACGCCCGCGACCGCGAUAGCGCGGGAGAGUUGUGGAGGGCUGUGGCGGGGAGAGGAAACCGGCCUGGUGGUGGGAGUCCGGGUAGACUCGCGUAUUCUAUGGGCGGGGCUUUGGCCAGCUGGCAGAUGUUUCCCGCGCGGCCGCGUCAUUCCUCUAGCGUAAACCUACGCGACGCGCAAAUAGUCCCGCGCUGUGGCGCCGUACAUUUCCCGCGAUCGGGCUCCGCCGGCCAUCGUGGGUGCGUGAACGUGCGGAUUUACGCGUGCCAGCGAGCGAACUGCAACGGCACCGAUCUCGCCGGGGUUGCCGGUUUUGGACGAGCCGGAAUCGCGAGGAUGAGCUGACGGGGGAUUGGUCCGAAGUGAGUUGCCGCUCAGGGCAGAGCGAAGUGCACGGCGGUUCCCCCGCCUCGACAGGCGCGCGCGAGUGUGUGUGCGUGUGUGUGUGUGUGUACAACUGUGUAGCGGCGAGCCACGGCCGGCGAGAACGCGAACUUUCGAGUGUGUCGUAUCCCUCGAGGUGUGCGUUAGUGAGGUUUACUCCCCUGUUGUUCGCAGCGCGCGCGCGCGUCUCCGGCCCGCCCGAUAUCCGCCGUCGCGUCGGGUUUGACACGCGGGGACGACGACGCCGUACGUAACGUAACGUAACGUAACGUAACGUACACGCGCGCCACGGUUCAACGUACGUCGUCACGGGGCUUGCCGCGCGCGCGGCCCAUCGGCGUCUACGUCACGGACGUCUUGUGCGAUGAUUCUACCGGCGUACGGCGAACGCAGAGCGAUACUCGGAGCGUUGCUCCGGGUCCCAACGUCCUAAAUCGGCCCGGUGACCAAGAAUUCUCAUACGAAACGCGAGCAAGGGGACUGAAUACUCGCUACGUGGAACAUCGAUUAGAGGAGCCGAGUGACGAGGCGUCGUAUCGCGUGAACGUGGCCGAAGGUCUCGCACGCGGGAACAACUUCACGCGAGUGCGGCCCUCGUCGUCAUCGUUGUCGCGUAACACCGGAGAAAAAAAACGUAAGUGGUGACCCCGGUCUCGAGUGGUGAGUGACGGAAAGAAAAGUGCUGGCGACACGCCUCCGCGUGGAGAAAGAGGCGCCCUCGCUCCGGGCCACCUAGCGACGUUCCUGACGCCGGGCGGCGGAGUGAUCCACGGCGCGCCGUGGGGGCCCUCAGCUGUUUCCCGCCAAAGAUCGCCAUUACAAAACGCGUUCGGGCGUUGUGUGUGCGCGCCGCGCGGAGCGUGUGGCUGUCCCGUGGACGAAUCUUCCGUGCGUGUCGCCGGCGUCUGACCUGACGAGAGGAAAACGGGAUUGUCGCGAGGCACGGCGUGAGCCGGAAGUGAUCAGUAUCGAGUAUAUCGCGUAUAUCGUGCGAGCGGAGACGCGUUUUGAUAAAACGCGCGUUGUUUGUCCCCCUCCGCCUGGAGUAGAGUGCGCGGUCGGGCGACGACGAGUGUGAAGCGACGACCGAGCGAGCGAACGAACGCAACGCAACGUACGGACGGACCGACGGACGGACGGACAGCGGGGCGCGAGAAAGAAAGCGGGAAACAAGUGCGCGAGGAAAGAGUGCGCCGAGCGGGCGGCGAUAACGAGAGGAGAUACCAAGGCGGAGAGACCCGUCGUGUCGUCUUUUCGCAACCGCGACGACGACGACGGCCGUCGGGAACGUGGGAUUCGUUCGGCGGAGACUCUCGGUGCCGCGGACUGACGAGAAGAUAUGUCAGUGUUUGCUAGUGACGAUCGGAUUUUGCUCGAGGAAAUCAUCGAGUCGACUGACCAGCCGGAAACUGACCUGUGUGGGAGUGUCGAGACGGUGGACGACGACGGCUCGGUGACCACGAGUGUGACGGUCGCCGAAGUCGCUGAUACUCAAGAACGGCAACCGCAGCAGCGGCAACAACUGUCAAAAGGUAACGUCGGGUCUGGUCGGCGAGUUGCUAGUCAGAACGUUGCGUUGAGCAACGGCAACGGUAUCAGCAACGUCAGCCGUGUUACGUCACGCAGCCACAUGGAGCAGGAGAAGCGGAUGCGGCGAGAAAUCGCCAACAGCAACGAGCGACGUCGUAUGCAGAGCAUCAACGCUGGAUUCCAAUCAUUGAGGACGUUGCUACCGCAUCACGAGGGCGAGAAACUGUCCAAGGUAUGUUUGACAAAGUCAUCUUACUGCCGCAAAGUAGUCAGCCGUAUCGCUGCGAUACUCCAACAGACUGCCGAAUACAUAUACCAAUUAGAGCAAGAGAAAACACAAUUGCUGUCACAAAAUUGCCAAUUAAAACGAUUGGUAAAUCAACACGAGGGUGGCGAUGUACCUAUCAAGAAACGCAAACCCGAUACCCAAGGUGUUGUCGUUAGUCUACCAAUGCAUGUCAGCGAGAGCGGCGAUGAGGGCUUGGGCAGCAUGUCCCCUGAGCCGUUGUCGGUAAUCACAGUGACCACAGAGGGACAUUCCGUUGUGAACAGCGAUGUGGUGGAGCUCAAGCGACAGUUAGAAAGGGAGCGUCACGCAAGACUGCAUUUAGAGAAACAGAUGAGAGCAAUUCAGAGCCAGUUGUAUCCAGAGAGAUUCCGAGACAAUCAGCUAAUCGCUUAUCAGCCCCACGAGGUGAUCGAGCACACGGACAACGUGAUGGCGCAAGAAACGGAGGACGCGGUGGCCUCGCUUCAGGUGGUGUCGGUCAUGUCUUUGCCACCGGUAGGUUCCACUCAAACCGUGGAGACGUCCAGCCCAGACCCGAGCUCGCCGCCCUUGUCGCCACAACCGGCCGAUAUCGUGACGGAGGAUAUCAAGGAGGAGGAAUCACGCGCGAGUACACCCAAGAUCGUUACUUUCGCUCAGAAUCAAGUGUUCACGACGAUAGAGGAACCAACUACUGCCGACUCAUUUUCGUCGUCGAGUCGUGUCACGUACGCUACUUCGUCCUCCGCAGAUUUUAAGACUGGCUCGCCUCAGUACAUCACCGCGAGUCCCAGCAGAUCUUUUUCACCAGUCACUGAACCUCAACGGCUACCCAGUGUCCUAGAGGCCGCGAUGAAGGCUGAGCCUAAAGUCGAAGUUGAGAGGUUGCCUUCCCCAUCGAACUCCUUGGAGGAUGGUACACCUCAGGCAAGGCUGUACAUCGCAAAUACAUCCCGACAAAAUCUGGAAACGAUCGUCGAAGCGAUACGUCACUUGGAGGGCGACCAUUUAUUCAGUGAUGAACCUGCACAGGAUGUACCAUUAGCAUUGACCAACAAACAGCAGCAACAACAACAGGCGACGGCGAACUCGACGUCUACGAAGUCUGCGUCCACUACAUCCGCUUCCUCUUCCUCCUCAUCCUCGACAACGUCUGCCACGGUAGCAUCCACAAAACAACGGAUACUGCAUGCCGAUUUUCUCCAAUUUCACACGCAACAGCAGACCCAGCAACGGCCCGGCGUGAUCGUGGUGAAGCAUUCGUGAUCCAGCAACACGUCGCGUCCCGUACACUGAAUGAUGCAUUCAGAACGACAAUGUAUUCGCCUCCACCGCGCGACACCGUCGUUGUAUAUUAUUCGAAAAUGAGGAAUUCCUUUCAGUAGAUCCAAGAGAGCAAGUAGCGUUUUGCAAAAAUGGGAGCACUAGUAGUAAUCAUCGUGAUCGGAUAUCACGUGCAUUCUCCUUCGCGUUAAAGAACUCGGGAGAUAUCUUGCAAGAUGCAUAAAGGGAUAGAUUUUAUGUAUGUUCCUACUACGCACUUCGUUCGCCUUCGCCUCGAAGAGGCCGCUAAGAAGGAUGCAUGCGAUCGAACGAUUUUUAGAUAGAAAGGACAAAGUGAUUUUAAAUCGCGGAUGUAGUUUAUGUAGGUGAAGGCAGAGCCAAGUCCGAAACUUGACGAAAGGAUCCUCAUUGCCGACCUGUCAAAACAAAACGACGUUAUCGUGCUUUAUCUCGUGUAAAUACUAACUAUGAUUCCUCCUGAUCAUUUCCGACGAUCGCCACGAGAUCACUUUGAAUUUCGAAGAGAUCCUCUGACCCCUUUCUCCUUCCCCUCUCCGGAGGAAUGUCUUUUUCCCUCGCGAGAAAAUCGUGAAACUCGAAACGGACGUUUCUCCUUUCGUUUUAAUAGAUAGAACAUUUUUAGACUUAAGCGAGUAACUACCACGAUAAUAUUUCUAGCGUGUAAGGCUGCGUACGCUGUAUGAUAUACAUAUAUACAAUAUUACAUACAUAUAUAUUAUUUGUAAAGAGUAUAAAAUAUAUAUACAUAUUUACGUUCUUUUUUUACAUUGUUACGGAAAUGAAGAAAAUACGAGAUGACGACGCGAGAAAAAAUAUUAAGAUAUAACGACGCGUAUAUAUGUUCUUUCGAUACUUAUUACCGGGUUACCACUGGAUAAACGCGAAGUGACUAGAAGAAAAUGGAACUAAUCGAACAACAACAAGGUAUUAAUCAAAAUACACAUUCGCAUGCAACGUUUAGUAUUUGACAUAUGUUAGAAAAGCGUGGUGGAACGGCGAAGUAAAAUUCGCGAUCGGUCAAGCUCUAAUCCGCGCGCGUAUGAUUCCUUUCUUCUGUGUUCUCGUGUUGCGGGUUGAAAAUUCCGUUUAAUCUGUGCCAAAUAUCCCCAGAGAGUACCCAGACGUUUUGUUCCUUCGUAGUAGAUGUAAUGUGCAUAAUGUAAAAGCGAUGACGCCGGUCGGUACAUUCAGUAGACCGAAAAGCAGUAAGUCCACGAUCGCUCGUCUUCUCCUAACGUAACUCGUCAAUGCGAAAGAUGACGACCUGGGGUGCUAUUCCGUAACCACUUACCGACAACUAUCGAUGUUGUUAAGUGUCGUUGCGCAUAUUUUUUCAUAUAUCAAAAUACGUGCGCAAAGACACUUAACGACAUCGAUAGUUGUCGGUAAGUGGUUACGGAAUAGCAGUCCUGAAGUCGCUAUUCCUGUUUAACGAAGCAGGGAGGCUUCUUCCGGCCGUCAUUCCCUUUGCGUCGCAGACCCAGAACCGAUCUCUCUAUUGGAUCAAUCAGCGUUGAUCAACGCUAAUAAUCGUAAGGGCCGAAGGGGAAGCGGGACGGGGCGACGUCUUGCGAUUUUCUCUUCGCAACUUCACUCUUAACAUACAACGUAUAUAACACAUUGUACGAGUUUUUUCUACCCGACAUACGGAUUUCUUAUAGCUUGCGGAUACGAGACUAAGAGGCUUUGGAAUUUACAAUUUCUCGUGCCUUUUCGAGGAGACGAGCGAUUGGUUUCGGAGACGGUCGAACAAUCGAUCGAUCGGCGGAAAGAAAAAGGGCUGCAAACGUUUUGUUUUUCUUUUACUUUUGUUUACACGCGUCUACAUAUUAUGUGCAUUGUAUUUUUUUGUGUUACUUCUUUUUGUGCGAGUACUACUGUUUCACCGAAUGAUUGUAGAAGCGUUAUCGCUCGUCGAGUGUAGGCCCAUAGACCAAUUUUUAAUCGAUUACAUUAGUACGAAUCCUUUCGCUCGUAAUUUACUAUUAUUACUGAUACUAUUACUAUUACUACUACUACUAUUACUACUACUAUACUACACUACUACUUUCUUUUCUACGAUGACGUUGAUUGGUGUACGAACCCGAACAUAAGUUUAAGAGUUUAAUGCAUAUAUAUAUAUGUGUGUGUGUGUGUGUGUGUGUGUAUACAUAUAUACACACACACAUAUAUAUAUAUAUAUAUAUAUGCCUACGAGAAAUUAAUUUUAAGUAUUCUUUAAGUAUGUAAGUUAGUAUGCAAAGUAAGAUGCGGCAGUAAGACAAGGAUUACAGUUAAGAUCUUUAGUUAACCUUCUAGCGGUUAGGAUAAAUAUAGGAAUUGUUUAGCCGAGUACACAAUUUGAAAUACAUCCAGGUUAAUAUUGUUUAUCUGUAUGAUAAAUGUGAAACGCUACUCCGUAACUAUACUUGCGUGUAUAUAAUACCUUUUAGCGGAUAUCGCAUAACAUAUGAUCACCUAGCUGACGUACCACGAUGCUAGAAAUAAGAUAAACCUCGCCUUUCGUACGUUUCGCUGUUACUUUUAAUUAGUGGCAUCUCUCAUUUUGCAUAUUUAGAUAUUUUUUUACGUACCAUUAACACAUUCUCACUAUUUGAUUAUUUUUUUUUUAGUACCCAGAGAUGUAAGGACUAUAUUAAUUUUGGGGGGAGAAAACUAAGGGGACACGCGUUUAAUGGAACAAUCAUUUUCGAAACGUACGAGAGGCCCCUUAUAGGAGAUACGAUUCUAUCUUAGGCUUUCGACAUUCGCGAUGAAAGUGUGAUCCCGACGUUUCCGUAGGUCGCGGAUUUCGAAGGUAAUGUACAAAGCUCGAUAUCGACGUUCACGCGAGGACGCACGAGGGCCUAAAAUGAACAGAGAAAUUUAUUCUCGUCUCCAUCUUUCGUAUUUUCUCUACGAUUCUCUUACUCCAUCGAUAUGUGAAAACCACGAUAUUUAUAUCUUCAGAUUUUUCGCCAAGUCGAUGAUCGUAUCUUCUCGCGCUAGAUACCAUGAUACCUCGAAUCGACAGAAGUACCGAGCAAGCAUGCUAUCUUUACUAUUAGGCUCGACAUGUUGUCAAGUCAAUCGAGGGAGAAAAAAUCGCCAGGAAGAUUUUCGAAAAUACGAAAAUGGACACGACAUUUGAAGGAUGAUGACAGCAAAGAGAGAAUCUUUUUCUACGCGAGUCUGAUAUAUGAUGUACGUCUCAUUUUCCCACAUACGUCUGCGUCUUAAUAGUUUCUAAAAUCUCGUGCGAGUAUCUUCGGCGCUUCCAUGAUACACACACAUACACUUACACACGUACAUAAUACACACACACACACACACACACACACGAAAAGUAUAUAUACAUAUAAAAAAUAUAUAUAUUUACACGUACGGAACUAUUAUAUACGUACGUAUCAAGUAUACGAGUGUUGCACACGUACGCGUGUUACCACGUGUGCGUCGUGCUGCACAUUUUUGAGGAAUCUCUUGGCGAGAUCCUCGAGUUUCGCAAUUGAUACCGGAUUCUUUCGUUUCCCCUUAACUCGUUUCGUUUCGGCGCGUUUCUAUUUGAUUCUGCGUAAUCACCCUCGGCACCAGCAUGCUGUGAUUAGCUCUUAAUGAGUUAACAGAAUGCGGGAGAGGAUCGAAUUGAAAAUGGAAAUUCGAACGCGUCGCUCUGCACGUGUCGACGUGGGCAAGAUUGAUGUUACGGCAAUGUCACAGCAAUAAUUACAUGCUCAAAUUAAAUUUUAGACUAAAAUUUUUCAUUCUCUUGACCAAAUUGCUUGAUUAAAUUGGACAAAUUUUCAAACUUUACCGAAUUUACUGUAUUUACUGUAUAAAAAAUAUUUUUACGUAUUUUUUAUGCAUACUGAUAUCAUUCUUUGCGAUUGCAUCAAUGGUGGCGUGUGUGUGUGAACAGAAAGUUUCAUAUUUGAUAUUGCUAAAACUUUUUCUUUUAAUUUAACUGAGUACAUUAGUCAUUAAAAAGAUCGUAUAAGAUUAAUAUGUUAUGUAUUUAUGUUAUAUUAUAUUUUAUGUUAUAUGUUACGUAUUUUAAUUAGAGUGUUCUCGAAAAAUAAUGUAAGUCUAUUAAUAAUGAUAAUGAUUAUAUUACAACUAUACCUAAAGUUUAUAUUAGAUAUUAGAUAUUAAUAUACAAUUUUUUGCGUUUACAGCAAAAUUCGCAUUUAAUGUUGUUGGACUAUUCACGUUAUCUGUGAUACAAUUAUUUUGCAACUAUCUAUAUUCCGUCAGAUUUAAACGCGUUUUACUUUAUAUAUUUUUUCUGUUAAUCGUUCACUGAUUUAACACGCCCGUCGAAAGUAGGCUUGUACCCAUUGAACGGUCGUGAUAUGCUCGAUUACUUAUAGCUUAUUAUGCAACGAGAUUUAAUUACAAGCGAGCAAUAAGCCCGCUUUAUUUGGGCAUUCAUACUACGCUGGGAUUUUGAUGCGCUCGCGGAUGAUAUCAGUAUGAAUGAUAUCUUGUCUAUCAGUAGCAGAUUUAAAAGUAAAGCGUUUACAACACUACAUAAUUUUUUUUCUUUUAUACAAUGAUAUUUAUUGUCUUAUUUGGAGAUAUUACGUUUUGAUUGAAUUUGUUCGAUUUCAACGAAUUCAACACAAUAAUUCUAUUUUGUAAUUGGUGUUUCAGGAGUAAAAAUAGUAGGUUAAUUUGCUGAUUUAUAAAAAAAUUGAAAUUAUUUUAAACUAAACAAGAUAAUUACAUAGAUUUUUGGAUACUACAAACAGUACUAGCUAAUUUUUACCAAUAUGUCUGAUUUUCAAAAUAAUUGAGGAUUAACAUGUAAAAAAUUUUAAAUAUUGUAAGAAAAAAUCUAGGAACCAGACGUAAAAUUAAAUUUGACGAAUUGCAUCAAUAUCCAAAAAUGUAUUUAAAAACUAAGCCUUGUCUGAUUUAAAAUAAUUUUUGGCUAUAAACUAGUGUUAUUCCAAAACAUAUGCUUUAUUGUUUUAUUUUAAAAGAAUAUGUAUUGAAAUUGGAGAUGAAACUUUUAAAUGCAAAAUGUCAAUUUUUAUUCAUGCCUUUCUUCGGAGAAACUUGCCGAGAAUUAUUACUUUUAAAGCCAAUUACGACACGUGCGUCGCGAUACCCAAAUAAUUAUAGAAAUCGUUAUUGAAAGAUGUCAAAUGUCGUCGAUACGUUCACGCGAGUUUUAAGGGUGAAAAUUCGAAAGGUUGAUCUUCGAACGACAUUUCAUCCAUGAAAGAGACAACAUAAGAAAGAAGUUCCACAGGAUUGUAACUAGUAAUGGAUUAAACGGCCGUUCGAAGAUCACACGUUUCGUAAGGAAAAAACUGUCAUUGUUCGCCGCGAUGACAUGGAUAUUUGAUCGAAGCGAUCUUUUUUAUCGUUAAAUGCAUAUAAAGUGUAAAAACAAAUAUGUAAAUAUAUAUACAUGUACAUAUAUAUGUAUAUGUAUAUAUAUGUAUAUAACCCAAUGGCUCCUGUAACUUCUCUACAGCUUCGUUGAAAGGCAAAAAAGAAUAAGUUCGCAAGAUACGGUUUAACUGCUAAAGAAAGUCGCUGUUAGAGUAACGUAAGGGUAUUGAGAGUGGUAGAGUGCGUGGAUGCAUGCGAGAAGGAUGAAGAAAAGUGACAGCCGAUCUUCGGAGAUCGUGGGAGCGAGAGCAUGGCUGUGCGAAUCACGAGAGCGACGGGAAGGACUUUAUACUGUUUAAGAUUAAUCCCGAUUUGUACACGUCGUGGCAAAUGGCGACUGAGAGUGGCGCCGAGAUUACUCAAUCGACCGCCUCCGGAAGACUAUAGGUUGCGUUUGUCGUAAAACAGGCCAAAUUUUAUUCACGGGAGGACAAAGAAAACACGCCGGCUCCUGUCGCCGAAGUAGAAGUAACUCGGGCGAUAUAAAAAUGAAUUUGGGAGAUACAUUUUUCAAACGUCGGAUAAACUGGAACGAUUUUUGGACGUCUACAAUGUUAGAAUAGUCUUUUACAUGGUCUUCAGAUAUUUGCGUCCAAAAAAUGAAAAGGAAAAAAUCAUUUGAUAUCGAUGUCACACCUGUUUGCUUUCUGGAGCGCGGCGCAUUCGAAAUUCGGCGACGAAGACGUUCCGCGAAAUCGAGUAAUUAUUUUUUUAAUCGGGCCAACAUCCCGCUCUCUUUCGCCACGAGCCCGCCAGGAAAAAUGUAUAUAGCGUAAAACCCUAAAAGCGUUAGAGUACUGGCGGAAGAAUGUACAACAGAGAAGUAAAUAGGUAGAUAGGUCUGGUAGAAAGGACGAGGGAAAGUGAGAAUGAGGGAGAAAGAGGAAUAGAGAAUGCGAGGACACGAGAGAAUGCUAAAUGGAUAUGUAGACUGUGCGUAUAAAAUAGCGGAACGUUAUAAUGAGUAGAUAACGACAGAUUCCAAAAGUCGUUUUUCAGGAACAGAACUGAGUAGUGUGCGUGUCGUAGGGCGCGUGUUCUUGAAUUUGCGAGCGAAAGAUAAGAAAGAAGAAGAAUGAUGCACGAAUGCAUAGAUGUAAUUUGUAGUGCGCCGAAAAGAUGUUUCCUUUUUUUUUUUUCAAGUUCUUGAAAUACAUUUCUUUUUCUUUUUUUCUUACACGAAACACUUGACUGGACUUUGAAAUCAUAUCGAAACUCCGUAUCCGUUGAUUGAAGAAUGAUCCAGGCUCACGCGGCGCGUGAUGAACCAAAGACGUGCAAUAUAUAGGUCGUCAAUAUCACAAGAAUUGCGAAAAGAGAGCUGCGACUGAAGAAUUCAUUAGUAUAUCGUAUUUUUCGGCGUAACUCUCGUUAACUUGAAUUGGGAGGACGAGAGAAAGUUAGUAUCAUGACAGAUAUUAAACAAAGAUCAUAAACAUUCUCGCGAGAGUCUUGAAGCCGGCUGAAGGUUCAUUUUUUAAAUGCCGAAAAAAAUGACGUCAGAAAUAAUCACUCGAGAUGAUUUUCACCUUAAAACACUUCUAUCUUUUGCAACAUUUAUUUACGUACUUCUUAAAUUUCUGCAAUUGCGUUAAAUAUUUAAUGUUGAUUAUGAUAAAAAUGCGUACUUAACGUCGUUUCAAAGAAAAGCGAAUUUAAUCACGAAGUAAUAAUAAAAAUUUACUAAAAGAAGUAUGUAACUAAUUGUCAAAGGUUAGAAAUAAAUUAAUAAAAUUUCAAGUUAUUUCUCUUUUGAAGUUCAGAGUUUUUGCGACUUGCACGUCUCACAAAUAAUCGUAAAUCUUGAUUAGCACUGCAAGUAUCCAUUAAUGAAAUUGCCUGAAAUACGUAAUAACAUUUUCAAUAACUGAUAUUAUUUGAAAAAUGUCGAGAAAAAGUACCAACUAACGAAUAUGAACAAGACGCUUUACUCGAGAAGCUCGAGAAAUUCACCGAUACGCUCUUAAUUUUGUAACGGCAUUAAAAAUAUUAUAACUUGACUAAGAAUAAGAGAAGCAUAACGUCGACCAAAUAAAAAAUCCUGUUAGAGAGCUUCAUAGAGCAAGACCGAUACAGAGGAUUAAUAUGACAGCAAUGCAUCGCGUUGUAUGUGAUAACGAGAAGUGGAUAAAGGAUUUACAAUUUGUCUAUUUCAAUUAUUAAUUAACUAGUCUAAUUAAGAAAUCGAGUUUCAUAACAAUUUAAAAAAUAUAUAUGUAAAGCAUAGGGUAAACGAAUAGAAUAAAAUUAUUAUCGAGUAAAAAAUUGGAAUUUAUAAAUAUUGAUGUCGCUAUCACAAACACGCGAUGUAUUACUUCAGUUUUACAAUUUCCAUGGACCGUCCAGUUGAGUACGAAGAGAAAAGAGAGACUUACCGAAAAAAACACAUGGCUCCUUUAGAGACCAUCUUUUUACACUAAUAAUAGUCAAUUUGAAAUAUGAAAAGUGUUCGAUCGUCUUUUCGUCAUUAAGAUUUCAGUCGAGAAAUUUACCCGGUAUUUUACGGUUUACGCAAUACGAGAGAUAACUCGACUAAUUAGGCUCGAAUCGUCGUUGCGAUCAUGAAAAAUGAAUCAAUAAAAAUUGGGCCGGAUAACUUGUGGAAUUUUUUUUUUACGAAUUCAAAUCGAAUGUACUAUGAAUUAUAAGAGGAAUAACUUUUUUAUAAACGAUGCUGAAACAACGCAGUCGGAUAAAUCUAACUGACGAACGAACCGAGUCGAAAACCUUUUCACGUUUAUCACUCGAAAUUUACUAUUGUCUAUGCAAGUUGGAGAAUUCCAAGGUGUAAGGAUUUCAGUGCAGUAAUGAUCUGGCUUUUUAAAUGUUUUUAAAAACUUUACUACAAAUUUUUUAAGAAUAGUCUAAUCUAAGAAUAGUUUAUCUUUUUGAAUUUUAAAUCUAUUAUCAAUCUGACUUCAUUUUCACUGCAUUCAAAUUUCUCGAAGAAAAUAGAGAGGAUGUAAAAGCAUUUGAUAGGUGACUUCAAGCUAAAGAAUUAGAUAAGUUAAAAUUGAUAAUGAAUUAAAUGAAACGUUGGAACACAAGAAAAAAGAUGGUUCCUAAGAAAGCGGAUUUUAGGCAAUUGGACAAUUACUGCACUGAAUCCUUUAAUUGAACAAGUUUUCUAUAGUCACAUAUCUAUCUAAUGGAUAAAGUCAUCGUUUCAUCUCUGACAAUGAUCACAAAGCAAUUCAGCUUUUCUAAGCAAAGUGAGAGAGAGAGAGAGAGAGAGAGAGAGAGAAAAAAGAGGUGGCAUCAUUCUCUUAGAAUACGCGCUUUUUUCUACGUGUAGACCGAUAGUCCGAUGCAAUACGAGCAUCCUCGAUAUAGUAUCGAGUAUCUCUUCUUUUUACGAACUGAAACAGGAGAAUAAUUUCUCGAGACUGAGACAAGAGAGCCGUGACACCGACGAGGGUACCGGUGAGCGCAAUUAAUUAAUAAUAAUUUUUUUUUUAAGUGGAAACUAAACGCGAUUGAGAAAAAAGAAUGCAAAAGUUCCUCAAGUUCAAGCUGCGUUUGCCGCGUGCGUUCGCAUUCUCGGCAAACACGAUUUUGCUUGACGAAGAGAAUGUCGUCCGCAUGUCGUAAACGCCGCCCACACCACAAGAACAGACUGCCAUUGAGUUUCGAGUGUACUCGUUCGUAAUAAAAUAGUUAUAAUUGACCAGGACUAAGUCGAUCUGAGAGAACGAAUGAGGGAAGUGGAAGAUGAAUGCGUGACCGAUUGUUUUGUAUGAUUUGGUGGUGGAUUUAUUGAUACAAGUGGACUCAUUUGUCAUCCUUAAAUCGUUUUAUAAAUCCUCUUUCAUAAUUAUUCCUUUCUUGAAAAUGUAAACUUAUUAAUGAUAAAUAGCUGUAAAUUUCGAUAACAACACGAGAAAGAAAUUAAAAAAGCAAUCAUAAAGUUUUUAAUUAAAGAUUUGAAAUAAAAACUAAUUAAAAAAUAUCAAGAAAAAGAAUGAAAUUAACAUUUGAAAAAAAUAUAUGUCGCGUACAAAAAUUUAACCUAAUGUCCAAAAUUAUUUAAGAAUAAUUGUUCGGCACUUGCUUUCGUCUCUCCAAUCUUUAAUUAUUGCACAUUUUGUGGAGCUUUGAAUUCGCCACUGGCAUGAAUAUUUGGAUGUCUGUAAGAAAGAACGGGAUGUAUAAUCUUUCCGCGCAAAAUCUCCUUGGGCUGUAAAAUCCAAAUCUCUGCACAGAAAAAAAAGUAAUAUAGCCAAUAACAUAUGUAAUUGCGAGCUGCCAACUACAUAAAAUACUCAAUGCAAUAAUAUUUACUAUUAAUGCAAGUACAAUGUUAAUACUGCAAUAGCAUAUAUUAUUGUAUUGAGUAUAUCUGUAGUUGGCAGUUCGCAACUACAUAUCUUAUUGAAUAUAUUACUUUUUUUUUCAGUGUGUCACCAAGUUUGCCGCGAGAGAGAAAACGAGUCGUUCCUUGACGUUGGCCGGAGACACGACGCAGUCUGUAAAUUGGCCGUAGGAUUGUAUUGAUCGAACGUUCCGAUAGGGGAAAAAAAAACAAAAAAAAACUCGGAACAGAUCCGAGACGACGCAAGAUUAACGGCGCGUGUUAAUUAACGAGUUAGGCCGACUGACACAUUUAUUCUAAGAGAAGAGCCUGUGUAUGAAUCGGUAAUAUAAAAUGGAAGGGAAAAAAAGAUAUAAUUCUGUGAUGUAUUUCUAUGAUUUAAUUAUAUAUAAUUAUGAUUAUUCUUACGAUUAUGAUUAAUAUUAUUUGCGAAUAAAUCGCUGUGCAAGUAUCAAUUAAUGAGUAGUGUAAGAUGAAACGUAGCGCAAUCGAAACAUUGCCAAGAGGCGUAUCGCGUCCGUAUCCUAGAUACUGAAACGUGAGAGAUCGCACAAAUCGUAUAAUUUAUUGCACUACGAACACGAUUGUUAAUCGCCCCUGUCGAAAGUCGAAAUAUGGGAAUCAUAACCGAGGGAGAAACAGUUUAAAAUUUCUUUCCAAGGAAGCCGGGAAGAAAAGGGAACGAGAUUCAACAAAAUACAUAUGAUGUUUUCGCGUGAGGAUAGCUCAUUUUAUUCGUGUUAUUUAUUUAUAGCCGAUGAGCGAGAAGAAAUAUUACGAUCCUCUUGAUAAGUAUAUUUGGUGCAAGAGCGUAAACGUGCAAGAAAGUUAUCUGCGAAUUUCUUCAAGCAAGAAAUUCGCAAUACUCGCUCGUUUAUCAGCACUUAAUAUCGCUGUGAAAGAUUUAAUAAUUCGUCAGAAACGCGUUUAAUAUAAUUGCGCAUAUAAAUUUUAUUAAAAAAAAUUCUAUGUAUGAGAAGAGAGAAAUUAGAGAGUAACGUAAAGUAAUUAAUCGAGACUUUAAACAGUUAAGUUUCUAAUUAUCUUAUUAAUAUAUUUCUGCUUCUUCCCCCUUAUGCUUGUCUUUAAGAAUCAAAAACAUGAUUUCCCCAAGGAGUAAACAGUCUUGUGUGUCGAUCAUUGAUUACUAUUAACCACGUAUGCUACGUGAAGAAAAGUAAACGGGGAUAUUUAAAAAGUGCGGCGUGUCACGACACUAGAAACGAUCGGAGAAGCGAUAGGAAAACUAGGUAGUCAUUUAGAGUGCCAGGAAGGAAAGAAAAGUGAGAGAGACGGAUGAAAUGCGAAAGAAGAGUAUGCGUCGAUUUUUGCGAGUGAGAGUGCGAGAAAGAUUUUCGUCGAUUAAGCUCCGUAAAAUAAUAAGAGCGCCAACUGCAUCGCGGCGACUCGAACGAAUCCCGGAAGUACUCGUUAAUAUUUGUGCCGAUGACGGGGGACGAUCCGUAUAAUUCGUUCGGGUCGGCGGAUAGCAUUAAGAAUUAUGAUUACUAUCGUACGAGAAAUAGAAGAGAGAUAUCGGAUGCGGCUGGAAAAAGCGGAGGUUUCGUGCUAAGGUGACUUAAGGCGUUCGAGAGCUCGAACCGAGAACUUGGAACUCGGAGGAAAUCGCCAAUAUUAUACAGGGCGUCCUAUGACCCAGGGCAUUCCUUGGAAUCGAUACUUUCUCAAAGAAAAUUCGAGCGUGAAAGACUUAUUAGCGAUUGAAAAUAAAAUCUCGCUUUUCACGAAAUGAGCUUCGGAAGGCAAACAAGUGGCAGAAACGUAUUCUGCUGUUAGUUUAAUUUAAUGUAAACGUUUUAUCAUUAGAGAUUAGAAAAUUAUGGGAAAGUGUAUGAAAAUUAUGAGCACUCCCGAUAUUUUGUCUAAACAAAAAUGGACCCAAAAAAUUGGCCGAAGAAAACUGUGAUUAAAAGGAUAACCCAAUGUUUCGGCGGCACCCUGUAUUGUAGGACUCCUUUCGAGACAAACGUAUGCGUAGCGAUAUAUUCGGCUCUUAUCUAUUUCUAUCGAUUGGUACUUUGCCACGCAUGAAUAUUUCGGAAGAAAAAGUCGACCGAAGACGGUCAUUAUACGAAAAUGUGCCGGCUACUUUAAUUCAAAAUCACGUUUGCGAGAUCAGAGAGCGGAAACAUGAUUUUGUUACUUUUGCAGACCAUCAAGGAAUCUCGUACGUCUGUCUGAAUCGCUUACUGCGAAAAUGUGCCGCAAUAAUAGAUAUAACAAUUAUUAUAUUUGGUAUUUUUAUUUAAAAAAUUAUUAAAAUAAAAUUACAUCAAUUCUUUUAUUUCAAUGAAAGAUAUUGAGGCUAUAAUUAUGUUUAUCUUUUAUUUUUUAUUGAUCAUAAAUAAAAGCCGUCUAGUUCUGGAUCAGUUAUAUGAACUUUGAGAGAAACGUAAUGAAUCACAGAGUGAUGCUCCGUUGCGACGCAUUAAUAAUGAAUGAUAGCGAGAUUACUUUAGUCGGGCAAAAGCGAGAGAGUGGACGCGAGAGACAGCGAGAGAGAGAGAGAGAGAAAGAGUGGGAGAGAAUGAGAAAAUGCGUUAGAUAGAAAUACGUAAAAGAGCGAAGUGUCUUAGAGCUAAUGGAAUUUCUCUGCGCGAACGCGCAGAUGGAUGCACGGAACGCGCUAACAUAAGCAGCCACCUCCGAACGAGAAGUCUUCAAUACCAUUUGCAUAUUGCUUUAUUGUUACACGAACAUUAUAACGAUAUAUUACAUUAAACAAAAAAAAAAAAGAAAGGAAUAUUACAGGUACAGCGGUACAAUUAAAGUGUGAGUUCCACGACGCGACGGUGACGAUCGCGCGGACAAGAGGCUCGCGUCACCAUUUCGUCAUUUCGCGCCUCGGGAUUUUUUCAGGAACGCGUUCCCGGUACCUCGGUCUUUUCACGUGAAACUCUUUUUCCACGUUGGUACAGGUCACGCGUGCAAUUUUCGACACGACCAGGGGUCAACGGAGAAAAGCGCGAAAACACGUUUUGCCAAAUAGAUGAACACGUUUUCCAGACAAAUGAGAUGUACUUUAACUCUUUCUUUCUUUCUUUCUUUUUUAAGCAAAGAUUAAGUAUCGUUUCUCGCUUUAUUAUUCUGGGGGAAGCUCGAAAAUUAUCAGCGUUAAAUCUGACUUGCGCUAAUUAUGUCCGAUCCGAAAGACUCUUCCGCGCAAUCUGAACGCACUCGAGACGUCCUGGAACACAUACAUACUUUAGAUACUACGCGUUACGUUUUUGUAUUUACGAUGAAAAAUUUACAAGAUGGGAGAUGGACUUGCUUUUCCCUCUUUUCUACUACUUUGUAUAUUACCAAAUAAUCGUUAAUUAGAAAAGUUAUUACAACUAGCGUUUCGUUGUCUUAAUCAACAAGAUUUUAUUAAGCGGAAUAUAUAACGAUGGCGAACAAUCGUAAGCCGUCGUUAUCGUAACGAUGCGGCCUGAUUUACGCGUUUCUGUUGUUGCUUUACGUGGUACAUUUAAUUCGCGUACAUUUGUCAACGAAUGGGAGAUCGACGUUUAUGACCGAUUCUUCCUCAGCUUCAUUUUCCUUCUUAUUAAGAGAACCUUACCAUUUAAUUCACGUUGCAUAAACAAUAUUUUUCAUAGUUUGGAAGUCUGCCAGCAUUUAUUAGACUGAUUAGACACGCGAUAUUAACACAAGUUUAAUAAACGUGAUCUCCCGCGGGCAAUUCUCCUUUUCAAGAUCUGUGAAUCAAGUGGCAUCGUUCCUGAAUAUCUCUCUUAUUAUACGAUAAAGUAUAAUAAACCUCGCAAAUCUGUCGACGUUGGAAAGCAAUUGACUGGUUCCUUAGAAGCCAGAGAGCCAAGAGAUUGCGCCAAGAGAAGUACAAAUCAUAAAAAAAAAAAGAAAGAAUGGAAAAGAGAAAGACGGUAACUGCGAAAAAAAUCAAUCAUUCGAAGAUGAGAUAAUGUGACCAAUACCGAAAGAGGUGUAAUAUUUGAUUUUAGUUUCAUCGCUUUUCAUUCAUUAACUUUGAUUAUAAUUAUUGCUUGUAACAUUCAUUCGAGAUACCUUGAAUACAAAAAAAAAGUAAUAAACCAUGUUAUCCGCUUGUUUCAUCCCUUGUAUAAAAUCCUACCUGUGAUAUACUAAUAAAGGAAAUUAGAUU